AUGCAUGACGAAGCCAAGAACGAGAACAAUAGGUCUUUUGUAUUGAAAAGAGAGAGGAAGCAGUUGAGAAGGUUUCAGGGACUUAUACACAAGGAGCCACUUACAAAGAGCACUUUUUGUCAGGCUGUGAGCUCUUCCAGUGAUGUUGAUCUCAAACAGAAAAAGGCAUCACCUCCAGCUGUUCCUCCACCUCCUUCUCGCAUUCCUUCUCUCUGUAGUGUCUCUCCUGUUCGCCCAUCUCUUGCUACCAAGAAAAUGCACGGUCCCAGACUUAGCAGCACCAAAUGGGAAUGGCAUAAGACUGAAGAAAGUGGCAAAGUGUUUGAGAGUGACAGGGAUGAUAAUUAUGGAAACACUGCUGAGGAUGAUGUAGACUUUUUUGGCGUGGAAGAGCAGUUAGAGCUCGACGCAGACACCAGUAUUACCGGUUUCGUAGGCAAAAUCUUCGCUGGCUCUCAUCAAACUAGCACCCCCCCGCAACACCACCUUAAUGAACUCCCUCCUGGCCUUGAAACCAAGGACGGCAUACCUCCAGUUGUAAGCAAACUGUUCAAUGUGAUUUGGUCCGAUCCUUUUGCUAUGCCCAACCUACAAGACAAAUCACUUUCAAUUGGUGCUGGAAACUCCAUGCAAGACGACUCCAUAAUGCCUGCAACUACCAUCCCAGUUGCUCCUUUUCUCUUGACAUCUCCUGCGCUUUCCAGCUCUCCUGAAGUAGAUGAUCCUCAAUUGUUUUCCUGGCCUCAACAUGCAGCACUCUUCCACUAA